AUGGUCAUGAGACCUGCCCCCUCAGACAUACUGAUGGUCUUGUCUCCUGCCCACUCUGACGCGCAGAUUUUCGUGUCAGCUGCCCCCUCUUAUGUGCACAUGAUCAUGCAGGUGCACGUGACCAUGUUCACGUCAAAGAUGGCAGAUUCUAUAAUUAGACAGCCAGAGGCAGAAGAUGGGGAAUGUGUCUUUCCAUUCAGAUAUAGAAGUGGACUGUUCUACGACUGUGUCCGUUUCAAUGCAAAACACCAUUGGUGUUCUUUAAAUGAGACUUUCCAAGGAUAUUGGAAGUAUUGUGCUCUGUCAGACCAUGCUCAGUGUGCCUUUCCCUUCUGGUUCAGACGUAUGAUCUACUGGGAUUGCACUGAGGAUGGGGAGGUGUAUGGAAGAAAAUGGUGUUCACUGACCCCAAAUUACAACAAAGACAAGAUUUGGAAGUAUUGUGAAUAA